UAAUCUUAUCAGUCGAUGCCCACGACGUACUUCGAGCAAAAAUCGAGCAAUCCGAGGAAUGCCACCGAUGUUCUGCUUUCAGUCAAUAACAAAAUGCGAUUCAUAAAGGUAAUGCUCUGCCUUCUCCUGGCCGCGGUGGCGGUCAAUGUUCCGCCUGCGAUUGCGACACCUGCCGCAGGUAAAGAGUCCCCGGAAACUGGACCUGGCUAUCUGCUCAGCACACGUCGCAAUCAGAAGACACCUCAACGCAUUGAUCCGGAGGUGGAAUCACUGCUGCGCUCAUCAUUCUAUGCCCUGGAUCCAGUAGUUCUGUCCAUUCCUCAGUGGCGAGGCAAUAGUUCCUCGAAAUUGACAUCGGCUCUUUUGGAACGACAGGCCUGUAAUGUUUUUGCGCUGGACCUGGCCGAGGUGGAAACCGAGUCGGAGAUUGUGGCCAGCGUGAGUAGCCUGAUAAUCCUACUGCAUCAACACUUCGAUGUGCCGCUGAGGCAGCAACAGAUUGUGGGCUUUGCUGACGGUGGACACUUGGCCGGAGCUGUUGCGGAGCAAGUGCAGCAGCUGCUGGGCGAGAAGUUACCCCAAAUCACGGCACUGGAUCCAUUGGCAGACAGUGAUAAGAUCACGCAUCGACUCUCAUCUAAAGAUGCCUCAUUCGUGGAAGUCGUGCAUACCAAUGGCCUCGGAUUGGGCACAAUGAAGCAAUCGGGCCAUGUGGACUUUUAUCCAAAUGGCGGACAACAACAACCAGGCUGCGAGAGCAAGCCGGAUCCAGAUGCCUGCUCCCACGAACGUGCCCUCGACUUGGCCGUAGAAAUGUGGUCAACAGCAAACGAUUUCGUUUCCGCCAAGUGCGCAUCUGUCGAGAACAUGAGUGCCCAGAAUUGUCGCUGGUCCUCGCUGCGAAUGGGCGUCAACGUCCAGUCAACGUCGGGCAUUUACUUCCUGGAAACACAGAGCCAGCCUCCCUUUGGCAGGGGAGCUUACCAUAUUGGAUUCUUGUGAAGCUUAAGGCAAUAAAGUCGACCCAAUUAAUAAGAGAA